AUGACCGAGGCUGCGGGUGGGUACACGCUGCACUGCGUGGCGACGAGCGAGUCAACGCUGAUCAGCGGGGCGCAGUGGCUCUGCCACGAGUACGCCGCCGAGCUGUUCGAGGUGUCGGGCCUGGACCUGCGGACGGCGACGUUCCAGACGUUCACGGCCGAGGUUAAUGCGCUGCCGGGCAAGUACGCACCGGAGAACGGCGGGCUGCUUGUGGUGGCCACGGCAGGCGACUCGCCUGCCGAUCCACCGGUGGGCAUUGUCGCAUACAAGACGCUCCUGCCCGGCGUGGCCGAGAUGAAGCGCCUCUAUGUAGUGCCGAGCGCGCGGAAGGCCGGGCUCGGAGUCAGGCUCUGCCACACCAUUAUGGCCGCGGCGGCGCAGGCCGGGCACACCAUCAUCAAGCUUGACACACUGCCGUGCCUCGCGUCGGCGGUCCAGAUGUACACCACCAAGCUCGGGUUCCGGCCCAUCGAGCCGUACUGCGAGAAUGGUCGCGAUGACGCGCUGUUCUUUGGAGCGAAUCUUGGCCGCAGCAUCUCGUUUCCAUCGGCCGUCGUGCCCAUGCCCGAUCCGUGCGAAUCAAAUGCUGUGCGGCUGAUGUUGCCGCGGUACGCGGCAGCACGGCCGGCAGAGGUGGCCUUGGUGGCGAACGGCGAGUCGGCUACCUGGGGCGAGCUUGAAAGCGUCACAUCUCGUCUCGGACUCAAUCUGAUGGAGUCGGCCGGGGUGGUCAAGGGCGAGAGGGUUUGUGUCGUCGGUCAGCCGUUGCUGGCCACAGUUGAGGCUGUCCUCGCCGUGCUUCGCAUUGGUGGGGUAGCGAUCUGGGUCGACGACGAGGCGGACGUACUCGACAACCUGUCUGCGUUUUCAGUGGUGCUGGCGGGCGGGAGAGCACUUGCUACGCUUACAGAAGGCAUUUAUGCCAGCGGAACCUGUCGGCCGCAGGUGCUCAUCGCCCUGCCUGGCAGCAACGCCGACGGGGCAGUGGCAGCGAGCGCAGUCUGGCCGGACGCCGGUGACAAAAGCGGCAACAGCAAGGACCAUCCGCAGUGGGAGGCUUAUUUGUGCGCAAGAGCAGCGGCGGGUGAUGAAGGACUGCAAGUGGCCGCAAGUGGUGUGACAAGCCAUGCCGAGUUGCUUGCAGCUAGCUCGUCGCUGCAAGAGGCGUUUUCGGCCCAUGGCACGAUGCGGACUGCUGACCGAGGAUGA